ACUUAACGAGGGUAUUGUCCAGUCCAGGUAUCUAGAUGGCCAAGAUAUUUAGACCGUUCUUCUUCCGAGCUCUGUUCUUUUGGUGCCGUUUUCUUCUCAAGCAACUCAAGAACCUCGUAGGCAUUCCCAAAAAUAUUAGCAAUACCCUCGGAACCCAGUUUAAAUGCCAAAAGUAUCCCUCUCUGGCCCAUCGGUCAGACCUCAACCACCAUAACUUAGUCUUCGAUGUAGAAGGAACUCUGCUGAGAUCUCCUUCUCUGUUCCCUUACUUCGUGCUCGUGGCUUUCGAAGCUGGAGACCUCUUCAGAGCCGUUGCUCUCCUUGUGUCGUAUCCUCUUGUUUGUUUGGUGGGACACAGAAUGGGGAUACAAAUAAUGGUGAUGAUAAGCUUCUUUGGGAUCAGAACAGAAAGCUUCAGAGCCGGGAGGGCUGUCCUGCCGAAGUUCUGGCUAGAGAAUACUGGCUCCGAGAUCAUCGAAGUGCUUGGCAGGGGUGGAAAGAAAGUGGGCGUCAGUAAUUUACCUCAGGUAAUGGUGGAAAGUUUCUUAAGAGAGUAUUUACAGAUCGAUGUUGUAGUGGGCAGAGAGCUCAAAGUGUUCUGCGGCUACUACGUGGGGCUGAUGGAGCCCAGAGAUUCCAGACAUGCUCGGGAACAGGUUCUAGAAGAGAAAGGAAGUUUUGACGCAAUUGGCAUCACAACCUUCGAAAACAUUCUUGACCAUGACUUGUUUUCUCAGUGCAAGGAAAUUUACUUGGUGAGCGAGGCUGACAAGAGAGGCUGGCAAAGGCUAGCGAGAGAUAAAUACCCCAGGGCAUUGAUCUUCUAUGACAGUAGAUUGGCCGUUGGACCAACUCCUCUGGAGGGCGUUGCCAUAUUGAUGUGGCUUCCGUAUUCGAUACUUCUCGCCAUUAUCAGGAUUAUCCUGACGCUGUCCCUCCCGUACAGCAUCUCUACUCCUCUGCUCACCUUCAGCGGGCUGCGUCUCACGGUGUCAUUACCGCAGGCGCAGACCUCGUCCCAGAUCUCCCCCAAAAGUGGCGGCCGUCUUUAUGUGUGCAACCACAGAACUCUGCUGGAUCCUCUCUACCUCUCUAUUGCGCUAAAGAAGGACUUGAUCGCCGUCACGUACAGCUUAAGCAGACUGUCGGAGAUACUGGCGCCCAUCAAGACGGUCCGUUUAACAAGGAACAGAGAUCAGGAUGCCAACAUGAUGAAGGAGUUGGUAAAGCAGGGGGACGUAGCGGUGUGCCCGGAGGGGACCACCUGCAGAGAGCCCUAUUUAUUGCGAUUCAGCCCUCUGUUCUCAGAAAUCUGCGACGAAAUAACGCCCGUUGGGAUUAAUAGUCACGUCAGUAUGUUCCACGGUACAACCGCGGGAGGAUUUAAGUGGCUGGAUCCAGUUUUCUUUCUCAUGAACCCAACCCCGAUUUACUCCAUUCAGUUUCUGCACCAGGUCUCUCCUUCAUCCUUUACCUCUCACGGUGACGAGGAUGCGAGAUUCCAGGUGGCAAAUCACGUCCAGUCUCAGAUUGGGAAGGCUUUGGGGUUUGAGUGCACCAAACUCACCAGAAAAGACAAGUACAUGUUGUUGGCCGGUAAUGAAGGCGUUGUCUCUAACUGAACCAAGAGGUGAGCCCUGCUUGUGGGACCCUCUGAAUUUGGGUUUCUGUUGAAGCUGGCCGAGUGUGGGAUCCUCGUUGGGUGCUCGAGUUAAUCCCAACCCUUUAUUUUAGCAUGAAAUAAUUCAUGCCUUUUAUUUUAAAUUAAUUGUUAAAUUUUUUUAAUAUUGUCUAUAUUAAAAUAAAAAAGUAUAAAAAUUAAUAUUAUAUACA